AUGAACCUCACUAAACAUCAGAGAAUCCACACUGGAGAGAAGCCCUUCAAUUGCCCCAAAUGUGGGAAAAGCUUUGGUCGGAGAUCUGACCUUAUUAUACACCAGAGAAUCCACACAGGGGAGAGACCUUAUAUAUGCCCUGCGUGUGGGAAAAGCGUCAGUGACAGAUCAGACCUCACUAAGCAUCAGAAAAAACACACGGAAGAAAAGCCCUACAAAUGCUUUGAGUGCGAGAAAAGCUUUGAGCGGCACUCAAAUCUUAUUGUGCAUCAGAGAAUCCACACAAGAGAGAAACCCUACGAUUGCCUGGACUGUGGGAAAAACUUCAGUCGCAGCUCAACCCUCACUACGCACCAGAGGAUCCACACAGGCGGGAAGCCCUACAAAUGCCCUGGGUGUGGGAGAACCUUCAGGGACAACUCAGCCUUUAUUAGGCAUCAGAGAAUCCACACAGAAGAGAAAUGCUAG